AUGCGGUUUUCUGAAUCAGCUGCGCAGUUCAUUUCACUUAUUUCUAUCCUCCUUCUGGGAUCUUCUUUCGAAUAUGAAUCAGCAGAAGAAGAUAUUUGUAAUGAGCGAUCAUGUUAUCCAGCUACUGGCAAUCUUCUAAUUGGACGAAAGAAAAGUCUUACAGCAACAUCAACAUGUGGUUUACGUGGUCGCCAGCGUUACUGUAUCGUAUCACAUCUAGAAGAACAAACAAAAUGCUUUUAUUGUGAUAGCAGAACAGAGUGGAAACCUAACCGAGAACCAUACAAAUUAAGUCAUAGAAUUGAAAAUAUAGUUUCGGAAUCAUACGAAGAUCGCCAUAGAAACUGGUGGCAAUCAGAAAACGGAGUCCAAAAUGUGUCAAUACGUCUUGAUCUCGAAGCUGAAUUCCAUUUUACUCAUCUUAUAAUAACAUUUAAAUCAUUUCGUCCUGCUGCUAUGAUCAUUGAGCGUUCUGCUGAUUAUGCAAAAACUUGGACUCCUUAUCGAUAUUUUGCAUAUGACUGUCAAAGUACUUUUCCAAAUAUUCCAGAAGGGCCACCAAAAAAACAUAGUGAUGUUAUUUGCACAACAAGAUAUAGUGAUGUUGCUCCAUCGACAGGAGGCGAAUUGGUAUAUAAAGUAAUCGCACCUCAUAUUCCAACAGAAAAUCCAUAUGCUGAUGAGAUUGCUAACUUGCUGAAAGUCACAAAUAUUCGCAUUAAUUUUACUAAACUUCACACACUUGGAGAUGAUUUACUCGAUUACAGACCAGAAAUUGAUGAGAAAUACUAUUAUGCUGUUUAUGAGUUAGUUAUCCGUGGAUCUUGUUCAUGUUAUGGACAUGCUCAAAGAUGCAUACCAAUUGAUAGCUCUGCUAGAAUUUCAAUUCCUUAUCGAGCUGAUAUGGUUCAUGGAAGAUGUGAAUGUACUCAUAAUACAAAAGGAUUAAACUGUGAACAAUGCAUGGAUUUUUUCAAUGAUUUACCAUGGCGUCCAGCAAUUGGGGAUGACUCACAUGAAUGCAAACGAUGCGAAUGCAAUGGUCACGCAGCUAGAUGUCAUUUCGAUCGUGCUAUAUAUCAAGCUUCUGGUUUCAUAUCUGGUGGAGUCUGUGAUGAAUGUAUGCAUAAUACGCAAGGCAAAAAUUGCGAGCAGUGUAAACCAUAUUUUUAUCGCAAUCCAGAGCGGCCAAUUACCGAUCCAUAUGUUUGCUUACCUUGUAAAUGUGAUAGGGCUGGCUCUUUAAACGAUGGAAUUUGUGAGGGUGAAGAAGAUUUAGAACGUGGACUUGUUGCAGGCAAGUGCUAUUGCAAACCAAAUGUAGAAGGAUCUUGGUGUGAACGUUGUAAAAACGGAUUCUGGAAACUAACAGAAGAAGAUCCAAAUGGUUGUCGUCCGUGUAGUUGUAAUUUAUUUGGUUCUUUUAAUAAUGAAGGGUGCAAUAAGAAAACUGGCGAAUGUCUUUGCAAGCGACUAGUCACUGGGGAUGCUUGCGAUAUGUGCUUACCCGAACAUUAUGGUUUAGGCGAUGAUCCGAAUGGGUGUAAACCAUGUGAUUGUGAUUUAGGAGGUUCGGUUGAUAAUAACUGUGAUAUCAUCACUGGGCAGUGCACAUGUAAAGAAAACUUUGUUGGUCGUCGUUGUGAGGCUGCAGAAAGUGCUUAUUAUUGCCCAUCUAUUGAUCAUUUUACGUUUGAAGCAGAAAAAGCUGAAGUCGCUGGAGGAGAAAUCGAAUUCAGAGAGUUUGCAACAAACGGAAGACAUAAAACUUGGACAGGUGAUGGCUUUGUAAGAGCUAAUGAGCACACUCGUAUGGUAUUUAAAAUUGAAGGCAUUGCACAAAGCAUGCAUUACAGAAUUGUAAUCAGAUAUGAAUUGUUGCAAGAUAAUAUUGGUUGGGAAAAUAUACAGUUGACAGUUGUGCGACCAACAGAUUUAUUACCAGACAGAGUUUGCAAAAAUCUCUCACCUUCUGAUGACUUUUUAAUUGCAAGACUUUAUCCGAGUUUACAUUAUAUUGAGAUUAUGCCUGAUGUUUGUUUGCAAGCAGGAAUUCCGUAUGAAAUACACAUGCAAAUGGGAGAAAAACGAAGUGGAAUAAAUGAUAGAACAGCCACUGUUCUCAUCGACUCUAUUGUUCUUAUUCCAUCUACUGAAGAACUUUUCAUUUCACAAAGGAUUUCGACUGAUAAUCAACAUAAAAUGGAGUACGAUCGUUAUCAGUGCAGGGAACAGCAGUUAUCAUUAAUACCGAUGUUGGAUUUAUCAGAUGUAUGUGUUCGCUAUAUUUGUCCAAUCGCAGCUAUGCUUUUCAAUCGUAGCUUAGAUUGUGAAUGUGAUCCAACUGGUUCACUUUCUGGAAUAUGCUCUGGUAAAGGUGGGCAGUGUGAUUGCAAGCCCAAUGUUGUUGGACGAAGAUGCGAUAAAUGUGCAGUAGGAACAUAUGGUUUCGGUCCUUCUGGUUGUACACCAUGCGAAUGUGAUAGUGUUGGUGCACUUAAUAAUAUUUGUGAUCCACAAAGUGGUCAGUGUAACUGCAGAGAGAAUGGAAUUACAGGAAGGCAGUGUAGUCAGUGUCAGCCAGGAUUUUGGUCAUUUCCGGAUUGUCACUUAUGUCAGUGUAAUGAUCAUGCUUCUGUGUGUGACCAACAAAAUGGAGCUUGUAUUGAAUGCCGUGACCUUACUGAUGGUUAUUACUGUGACCGUUGCAAAGAUGGUUAUUAUGGUGAUCCUCGUCUUGGUAUCAAUUUACCUUGCAAACCAUGCCCUUGUCCUGGUAGCUUAGAUAGUGGCUUCCAGCAUGCAGAUACAUGUUAUCUUCGUACGAGUGAAUUUUCUGAGACACCAGAUGUAAUUUGCAAUUGCAGAGAAGGUUAUAUUGGUGAGCGGUGCUCUUCAUGUGCUUUGAAUUAUUGGGGUAACCCAAAUGAAUUAGGUGGGAGUUGUGAGCCUUGUGAUUGUAAUGGAAACAUCGAUGUAACUGUGGAAGGAAGUUGCGAUGCUGUAACUGGUGAUUGUAUUAAAUGCCUUCACAAUACGGAAGGUGUUCAAUGUGAAUACUGCAGUAGGGGUUAUUACGGAGAUGCCAAAAUACGAAGCUGUCAAAGAUGUGUUUGCAACGAGUUGGGAACAAAUAAAACAAUAGAAUUUUGCAACCAUAUUACUGGGCAGUGUCCUUGUUUGUCAAAUGUUGUAGGGAAGGAAUGUGAUGCAUGUGCUCCACACCAUUUUAAUUUAGCAAGUGGAAAAGGAUGCGAACCAUGUGGAUGUGACCCUACAGGUGUUAUUCUUGACAAUGAUGGAGCACCAGACUUGCAUUGUAAUGAGCUGGAUGGUCGGUGCUAUUGUAAGCCAGGCAGAGGAGGGCGCACAUGUUCUGAUUGUGAGAAUUAUCACUGGGGAGAUCCAGCAAGGGAUGAAUGCCGCAAAUGUGAAUGUAAUAUAAUUGGAUCAGCUACUCAACAAUGUGAUCGUAGCAAUGGCCAUUGUGUUUGUUUACCGGGAUCAGGAGGACCUUUAUGUAAUAUCUGUGCUCGUGGAUAUACUGGUCAAUGGCCUCAAUGUGAAGCUUGCGGAGAAUGCUUUCACAAUUGGGAUGAGAUCGUACAGAAUAUAAAAUCUCAAGUUAAUAAUUUAAUUGGAGCAACGAAAAACAUUGAAGAUACAGGCAUAGCUUCAGUUUAUGAUGAUCAGUUUGAAAAAAUGGAAAAAAUUUUGGCAAAUUUGAAAAUUCAGUUAGAAUCAGCAAAUAUAACGCGAAUUGAUAUCAAUAAACAGCAAAAUGAAAUUGGCAAACUUCGGCGAGACAUCACUUUGAAAAAGGAAUUUUUGAAUCGUGUUGGAGGACAUAUAACAGAAAUUUCAAGUGACGUUGAUCAGGCUGAUUUGGAAUUAAAAUCAUUACUCGGUGAAGUAGAAAAACUUGCGCUGAAAUCGCAAACGUUCAAAAAAAAUGCAACAUUAUUACGAGUAACUGAUGUACAGGGUGCGUAUAAUAUCACUCGUGAAUCGGCUGAGAAAUCUUCUGCUGCAAGACAACGCACCGAUGAAGCUAAUUUUAAAAUUACUGAUGCUGAAAGUUUCAGGCAAAGAGCAAUACAACUUUUAGAUAAUAAUCGUCUUGAUUUUGAAAAGCAAUUUGAUGAAAAUGAUGUGGCUUUAGUACAGAUAGAUAAGCAGUUGGCAAAAUUAGAAUCUAUCAUGCCAAAAUUAAACAAAGAUGUAUGUGGCGCAGAAUCGGUGGCUUUUUGUGAUGAAUUAUGUGGUGGACCAGGUGCUUGUGGCUAUUGUGGUGGACGAUCAUGUCUAUCAGGUUCAGUAAGCAAAGCUGAAAUAGCAAAAAAAUUUGCAGAUGAAGCAGAUCAAAAACUAGAGGAAAAGCAAAAAGAAGCAGAAAAGAUUCUUGGUCGAAUACAAGAAAUAUUACUGCAAAUUUCCCUUAUCAAAAGUGAAGCCAAAAGUGGACAUGAUGCAGCUGAAAUAGCAGCUUUACAGGUUCCUGUACAGGCAAAUCAAAUACGGACUACAAUGGAAGAAAUGCUUGUCAAAAUGAAUCAUUUUAUUGAUAAUAAUCAGCGCUAUAAUCCUGAACAAAUUCAAGCACUGGUUAAAGUAAUAACUGCUGCAACAAUAUCUCUUACUCCUGUUCAAAUUGAAAAACUGUCAAAACAGAUUCGGGAGAAAUUACAAAAUAUUAGUAAUACUGACAUGAUUUUAAACGAAACACAUAGUAGUAAAGCAAUCGCAGAAGCUUUACAAAAGUCUGCUGCAUUAGCUAACAUGCGUGCAACUAAAAUCAGAAAUACUACAACAGUAGUGCGUGAAGCUUUGAAAAAAGCUAGUUUAGCACAGAAUAUAGCCAGAGAUGCGAUGAAAAAGGCUACAGAACGGAUCAUGGGAGCUCGAAAUGAUUUAAAUGAUGCCACUAAUCAACUGGAAUUUGCGGAAAUAUCAGCAACAAAGACAAAUCAGUCACUGAUGAAAUUAGAUAAUGAUAUGAAAGAUAUUAACGUACAAUAUCUGUCAAUUUCUGAAGAUACAAAAUAUGCGUAUGAAGCUGCUAAUAAAGCUAUAAGACAAGUUGAAUAUGCUGAGGCAGCUAAGAAGAAGCUUAAAGUGUCUUUUGAACAAACCAAAGAACUCUUAUUAUCUCAAAAUAUUGAUAAUGAAUUACCUCAAGAAAGAGCUGAAGAAUUACGCAAACGGGCAACUCAACUACUACAUAAGACACAGCGACAUCGCAGUGAUAUUUUACAACUUUCGACAAAUAUAGAUGCGUUUGAUGUACGUUUAACGGAUUACGUUCUUGAAACGAGUGAAUUACAUUCAAGAAUUGAUACAGUUACAGCUCAAAUACACAAGCAAAUAGAUUACUACUCAGCAUGUGAUAUCUAA